UUUGUUAUUAUUUUGAUACUGCGCCGUUGUCAGUUCUCUUGAAUUUCUUGUCACUUGAGUCUUUCAAUUUCAGUCUUUGUUCUCAUUGCGUGCAGUACAGUUUGGCCGCUGUAUUUUCUUCCUUGGUUACGUCUAUACAAUUUUAAAAUUAUAUUCUACAAAAUAAUUAAAAUUACUGCCUAAAUAUGCCUUUUAUAUCAAAAGAUUGGCGGUCUCCAGGAGAAGUAUGGGUUAAAACGGAAGAAGGAUGGGAAAAAAAGAAAAUCCUAGAAUGUUGCAAUUUCUUACUAGGACAACAGGAUGAUUUAUUGACCAGGUAUUCUGUUUCUGAUCAUUGUGAUGAACAAAAACCUGAAAAUGUUGAAAAAUGGAAUGAAGAUGAAAAUACCGAGGAAAAAGAAAACAAAAAUUCCAUUAACCAUUACAAACACCCAAGAACAAAAUAUAAUAGUGAAAGUCAAUAUGAUGGUGUAAUUCAGCCGCACUGUCAUAUUACAAUCAAAUGUACUAAAGAAAUUGCAGGGUUUAAUGGCCUUAGUGAAGCGCUCAAACGAUUAGACUUUCGUUCUGCUGUUCAUGAUGGUCGUCGAUUUCAUUAUAUUUGUAAACUUCUUGAUCUCCUUGUAUCUCAUAGACUAAAUGCAUUAUCUGGUUGUGCCCAAAGAGUCCUUUUUAAUAUAAUUGAAGAAGUUGCUCGUCAAGUUUCUCAAAGUCAGCAAAAUAAGCAUAUGUUAGACCGUCUUUUAGGACAACUUCGUCAGGUUGUUGAAUUUGCUUGUUGGGGAAGACCAUUAGGAUCAACUAUUUUAUGGGAGCAACAUUUGAAUACUAUUAACCGUAUUCAUGAAAUAGCUGACCGUAUUGAAAUCCGUCCACCUAGUGAUAAUAAAGAACCUCAAUUUGAGCAAUUACCUGAAGAGUGUGUACGUGAAGUAUUGUUAAGACUAGCUGAUCAUCAAGACUUGGAGCGUUCAGCUCAUGCAUGGGGUGUAAUGGCACGUUUAGUUGAUGAAUUACGAAUUUGGCGUGAGUUAUGUCAAUUCCAUUUCAGCCCUCGUCAAAUACAGUCUGUAAUUGAUAACUCACCAAAUACUAGUGAAGAUUGGCAGUUAAUAUAUCACAAGUUAAGAAAAUGUUAUGGACUACGAGAAGAGUAUGCUGAGAUGAUACAGCUAUGUCGAAAUUGUCGAUGUUUAUUUUGGCAUAGUAUUGGACAUCCAUGUAUUGCAGAUACUGAUCCAAAUUUUAUGGAAAAACUUGAAGAUGUUGAUAAAAGUUCAUUAUAUGUACCUAUACCACCACAAGCUUUUCUUAAAUUUUUUUCACUUUAAUUUAAUUUGUUAAGUAUAGAAAACAGUCUGGUACAGCUUAUUAAUAUAGUGUAACUGAUUAUUUUAGAA